AAAACUCAUUCGAUAAGCGUGAUCAUUUAGCGAAGAGUUGCGAAACUUUCAACAAUUAAUGGUAUUUGAUGGUUCUACUCAAUCAAGAGACCGAUAUAAUUUAUAUAUACAUAUAUUUUCUAUCACCAAUUUUGUGUAAAAAGCUAAGGUAAAAUGGGCGAGAUAUCAAGCUGGGAAGACAUAGAAAAUGAUCAAUUUUUUAAACAACUAUUGAAUGCCGAUUCCAAAAAGACUGAUAUUAGUUCACUACUGUCAGUGGCUCAACAAUUAAACAAAUUAGGACAAGCUAUUGAGGUGUUAAAUGCUGAGUUGCAGAGACAAGUACUUGCCAAUCACAAAGAUUUACUAUCUCAGGCAACAUGGGUUGAAAAAUUGGAAGGAGUACUUUUUAUAAUGCAGUCUCACAUACAGAGUCUUCUAUCAGCAGUUGAGCGACUACGUGGGAAAAUUAUUGAUCCAUUUAAUAGAAUCGAGAUGCAGACAAUUGUAUUGGCACGGCUUCAUGAAACUUCUGACCUCUUGAGAAGAGUUGCUAGAAUGCAACACUUAUCCAAACGUUUAAAUUCUCAAAUGAGCAGUGUCACUCAAGGACCAGAUAUUGUUAAAGCUGCCAAUAGUCUACAUGAACUUGAGCAGUUGAUGGCAGAUACAGACCUCAAUGGUCUAGAUGUAGUAGCGGAUGAUCAACAAGCUGUAAAAGCUCAAAGAGCUACGGUGCAAAGAAUAGCCACUCAUACAUUAACUCAAGGUUUACAAGCAAUGGAUAGAACAAAGGUAAGCACAGCUGUGCAGGUAUUUCAAAAUUUGGGAAUACUAAACGGAGCUGUGGAUACAACUAUAGAAUCCACCCUGGCUGAAAUAGAGAAAAUCUCUACAGAGUCAUUAGACGUAUCUUUGCUAGCAAAUCAAGAUUUUGGGAAACGAGGAGCACCGGGUAGAGCUAUGAUUCCAUCUCCUGGAUCGUCUGGAAAUUUACGUACGAGAAUCUGGGAAAAUCUGGAACGUCUUUUCCAAGAUACUUUAUAUACUCAAUGUUUGCAAAUUGAAUUGUUGCAAAGGAUAUUGUUAGAACACCACACGAAAGGUUUUAACAACUUGUCCGAGAAAUUUUGGGAUAAGGUGAAUGCACUCCUUGCAAAAGUUUUGAAUGAACGUGCUCAGGGAUCAUCAUUUGUGAAGCAAGCUUUAGAAGGAGAAUAUCCGAAAUUUUUAAGAAUAUUUUUAGACUUGAGUAAACGCUUAAAAGAAAGGUCGCACAGUAUUGGGAUUUACGGUAUCGACCGCAAUGUUCUACAACCAUUUGAAAAUGCAUAUUUAUCGCGUUCGGUGUCACGACUUUUGGAUCCAGUGCACAAUAUGUUUUCCGGAGAAGGAUUGCCGACACACGAUGAAAUCGACAGUCUUAUACGUAUGAUUACAAACGAGCUGAGUGUAUCGCUGGUGGAUGACGGGCUCUCAACUGUUGUGGCGCGUAACGUAGGAAAAGCAAUAAGAUUAUUCUGCUUGAAAUGCGAACAGAGUAUGGUGACUGGCGGCGAAGCUAGUCAAGUGAUCGACUCUCCUACUACCGGCCAGCAAACAAAUGUCACGCUCGCAAAUCUUCUGCAUUAUCUUUCUAGCCAGACAAAUCGCGUGAUAGUGAAUUUGGCGGCCGGUUUAAUCUCCGAAGGGAGCGUCGUCAUCACAACGGCGCUCAAAGAAACGGAUGCGUUAACGAAGAGUCUGCUCGCGCCACUGUUAACUUCUAUUAGUGAUGCGAUCGAAAGCAUCAUUUUGACGAUGCACGACGACUCCGAAUUUAGAGAUACGAGUAGUCCUCUGGGAAAAGAAAUUGGCUGUUCUCUUUAUAUGCGUGAGUUGCAAGGAUUCAUUUUGCGAUCCGUGAAUACAUUUUUGCUACCGUACAAGAAUCAAAUAGUCGUAGCUGAAAGUUGCAAAGCUGUUGCAUCGAGAUGCAUAGAAUUAUUUGUACGCCAUGCUUGCCUGUUGAGACCUCUAACUGAUUUUGGGAGAGCAAAACUUCUAGUAGACUUUAGUCAGAUGGAAGUUGCUGUAGCACCAUUGUGUCGCGGUGGUCAAAUGGGUCUGCUCGAACAACAGCAAUAUAGAACUUUGCGAGCGCUAAAAGCCUUGCUUCCUCUUAGCCCCGAGAAGAUGGUUGAGAAGAUUUUAGAAGGUCAAGGAGAAAGCAGCGUGCCACCAUCUCUCAUUCUCUUGCACUUGUUUUCUGGCGCGCCACCCGAAAUAACGUCACCACACCAGAGCGCCGGAUGGUCUAUAAGCAGAUUGUCUCAGUGGAUGGACAGUCAUCCAAACGAGAGAGACAGAUUGGCGCUGUGCAGUGGCCCGUUAGAACGUUAUCAAUUGACGGUUCGACAACAAAAUCUUCCAUCGUUCCACCCUCUGUUUCCACAGAUGAUGAAAUUAGUGAAUUUGAGAGAACAUCAAAAUUAAUCAGAAAUACGCUAUUGUAUAAUCAUGUAUAUUUUUUUCCGUUGUAUAAAAAUAAAUUCUCUUGUGUGUA